GCUGCAACCGCUGACUUAGGUAGCGUCUGUGAAAUAGUCUGGAAAUUUGAGAAGAGCAACUCCACCUGUUCAAUAUGGGCCUGCUGACGCUUAUCCGUGGGCUGAAGAAGAAGGAGGGCGAGGCACGCCUUCUUGUUCUAGGGCUGGACAAUGCCGGUAAAACGACAAUCCUAAAGGCGCUUAGCGAAGAGGACAUCACCACCAUUACGCCCACGCAGGGCUUUAACAUCAAGUCCUUGUCGCGAGACGGGUUCAACCUGAAAAUUUGGGACAUUGGCGGCCAAAAGUCUAUUCGGCCUUACUGGCGAAACUACUUUGAACAGACGGACGCGCUGAUCUACGUCAUCGACUCCGCUGACCAAAAGCGCCUGGACGAGACCCAGAAUGAGCUGGACACGUUGCUGCAGGACGAGAAGAUGACGGGCGUGCCGCUGCUGGUCUUCGCCAACAAGCAGGACCUGGUGACUGCUUCCCCAGCUGACGAGAUUGCUGAGUCACUUGACCUCACCUCCAUCCGCGACCGGCCCUGGCAGAUUCAGGCCUGCUCCGCACGGACGGGAAGCGGCCUGAAAGAGGGGAUGGAGUGGGUGAUGAAGCAGGUCAAGUAAGCGGUACGGCAGCUGUGGCACAGCAGCAGGAGCGCGAGAGGAGUAGGGAUGAGCGGGGUCGGGUGGAUGGGGGCUUGGGUAUUUUUGGUACUUGUUAAUUUCGCGGUCCCCUGUAAGAGGGCGGUGCGGUCUAGGGAGUAUAAGAAAGGCAUGCAUGCUAUUAAGUAUGCAACUGGCGUUUGGGAAGCGGUGCUCUUUUCAGGACGGGGCAAGCGUGCAUACAUGCGUGCGUGGGGUGGGCUCCGCGCUUGGGUUGCGUGGGUGGGAUGCUAGGCAACAUGGGUCUUCCCUUGGGGUUCUUAAGGGGCAGCUUUUGCACUGAAAUGCUAGGAGUGUUGGAUGCAUACAUCCGUGCGAGGGAUUCGUUUACCGUAUA